UCUGGCGAUGAAAACCGGAGUGCGCAACUCAUCGCUUUCCUGUUCCUGACUUCCGGAGGAGGGAGAGGAUUGAGGGAGGGAACUGUCACUCUACCAGUAGAUCUCAAUUGUAGUUGCUCACGAUUAUGGCAUACUACAGCAAGUCACCCUGGGGGGGGGGUGAGGAGAAGGGAAAAUGGGGGGGAGUGGGAGAGUUCCCUUGCAUCCGCAUGGGUGAGAAAGCUCGCACGCCGCGGCCGAUGGGAGGUCGCUUCAUACGGUAUCUUCCCCGAUGGGUUGUUCAAUGGAUCGUCGAGCGGUCUAUGGAGGGCAAGUCGGGUUUGAAGUCUGCGCCUGCUGCUAAGAAGACCGGCUUCCAUAAAGUAACUCUGGGCAUCUGCUUCGUCUUCGCCAUGCUGUUCGUGAUGAGUUACUCGUCGUCUCCUGAGGUGAUCGCGUUCCUGGAAGUGUUGACUGCUCCUCUGACGCAAGUGGCAGGAAUUUUCGCGACAGCUACGGAAGCAUUCCGUUCGUUCAGGGCAACCUACGUGGCGCCGGCAAUGCAAUCGGUUAUCAACGUGCUGAUCAUCGUGUUCGCCGUGCAGUCACUGGACACGCUGGGGAUGACGCUCAUCUCGUUUUACCUUUCGUUCACSGGUUGGAGACCUCCGGUGGUYGCUCCUAUGAAGCAACCGCGCUCUUCGGAUCCGGAAAACCCGACGAGCAAGACGGAGACAAYUUACCCGCGUGUGAUGAUCCAGAUCCCGAUGUUCAACGAGCGGGAGUGCUACAAGAUAUCGAUCGGAGCGUGCUCGCAGCUCGAUUGGCCGCGUGACAAACUCGUCAUCCAGGUGCUGGACGACUCGAAUAACGAAGAGAUCAAGGAGAUGGUGAAGGAGGAGGUGAGCAGAUGGCAGAGCCAGGGCGUUAACAUYGACUACCGCCACAGAGUCGAUCGGACGGGGUACAAGGGCGGGUCUUUGAAGGAAGGCAUGAAGGCGCCGUACGUGAAGGAGUGCGACUUUGUGGCUGUGUUUGACGCCGAUUUCCAGCCAMGACCUGAYUGGCUGYUGAGGACGGUGCCRUAUUUCAAGGACGAUCCGAAGCUCGCUCUCGUUCAGACGCGCUGGGAGUACAGCAACCAAUUCUGCAAYCUGCUGACGCGCUUCCAGUUCAUCAACAUGUCUUAUCACUUCCAGGUGGAGCAGCAGGUCAUGGGAGCCACGAUGGGCUUUUUCGGUUUCAACGGAACUGGCGGCAUCUGGAGAAUCGCAGCCGUKAACGAGUGCGGAGGAUGGGAUGUGAGGACKACCGUCGAAGAUAUGGACAUCGCUGUCAGAGCGCACAUCCACGGUUGGAAGUUCGUCUUCCUGAACGACGUGCGCGUGCCUUGCGAGCUGCCUCAGACUCUGGAAGCGUACACGCGCCAGCAGCACAGAUGGCACGCUGGGCCGAUGAACCUGUUCCGGCUGCUGUUCAAGAGAAUCUUGACGUCGAAGGCGUUGACGCUGGCGAGCAAGUUCAAUCUGAUCGUUCUCUUCUUCUUCGUCAGGCGUCUCCUCGUGCCCACGGUGAAUUUCAUGCUUUUCGUUCUCCUCCUCCCGCUCUCCCUAUUCGUCCCCGAAGCUAACAUCCCGAUCUGGGUCACGUACACGUUCCCCAUGUUCUUGUCCUUCUUCAGGAUGCUCCUGUGCCCGGCGCUGUUUCCGUACAUGUUCCCGUACCUCUUCUUCGAGAACACUAUGGUCAUGACGAAACUGAGCGCGAACGUCCAGGGCCUGUUCCAGUUCGGCCGAGUGAACGAGUGGAUCGUCACGCAGAAGGUCGGAGCGUUGGCCAAGCCCGGAGAGGCAGUCGCGGCCAAGAAGAAGAAGUCUAUCAAGAUCUUCAAGCGAGAGCUGGCCAUGUCCAUAUUCCUUUUGCUAGCGGCGAUCCAGAGUCUGGCGAUCGAGAAGGGCAUCCACUUCUACAUCUUCUUGUCUGUCGAGGAUGAUGAUGAUGAGGCGUGCAGGUCUGUCAAGAAUGAUGAUGAUGAUGAUGAGGCGUGCAGGUCUGCCAGCAGCUUCGUCUUCAAUAGUAUCGUGCUGAAGUCAUCAGCUUCGGAAAGAACUGUUGGUCGUGAAAUUGGACUCGAGGUGGGACCGAGAUCGAAUGCGCCAUUCCUAGGAUGGGUGAUCACAGGUGUCGGGUUAGUUUUGACGAUGUCGCAGUUCGGUGUUUUUGAGGUCCUCGUUGAGUUCUUCGCCCAUGAUGAUGAUGAUGAUGAUGAUGAUGAUGAUGAUGAUGAUGAGAAUGAUAAGGAUGUGAGGAUGAUGAUGACGAAGAUCAAAACGGAAAAGAGUGUUGAUAUUGUGGCAAGUUCACAACUCCUUGGACGGGCGGAUCGUCGUGUACUUGUCGGUUAUUAUGGUUAAGGGGCAGAACAGGGGGAGGGAAUCCGUCGUUAAUGCUUCCGACCCUCUGAGAGUUGAGCAGCAGGGACGCGACGGUUGAAGGAUGGAACUGGCGUUUGGAGGAUGAAUGAAUGAUUGGGUGAAUGGAGGUUGUCAUCGAUUGUUUCACGUUGAAGAUCAUUACCAUCGGACUGCUUGUCGGCAGCGAAGAAUUUGAAGGACGAGAGGCUGCUAAACAGCGAGAAAGGCGAAACUUGGACGGAUGAAUGAGCAAUCGAUUGAUCUAGUGAACGGUUAAUUGGGAGAGAUGGUCUUACUUCGGAGGGCAAGUGCUUGGACGUACGUUGAAUAUUGCCAAGAAAUGGAGAUGUGUAUAAGAGACAGGAAAUGGGCUGCCGAUCCAACGACUACCGUGGGAAGGAUGGGAGCCUUGCCUCAUGCAUGAUGUUUUGUUCGAAGUCGUACAAUCGCAGAUGAGCGCUUCUUCUAUCUAGGAUUUGAAUGGUUGCACUACCGUCUUCCCCCGAACAUAACGCACCCUAAAUAUGAAUGUAUACAAGCUAUAUUUCCGGCCAUUUACAGCCAAAAUGAGGGUGCGCUGUGUUCGGGGGAAGACGGUAGUUUAUUAUCGCCUCUGUAACCUGAGCUCUCGUUUAUUUCCCGCUCUUUCCGUUUUCUCUGAUUUACCGUUGAGAGGGUUGUGUAGGGAACGGAAGACGAGGUGCAUUGUUCGUGUCGAAUUUGGAAUUUAAGCAGUUUCUUUUCUGAUGUAGGUGAGAUGAUGAUAUGAUGUGCUCCGAUUGAAUUUGCUCGCUGAUGCUUGUGCUUGAUCAUUGUGCUCAGUUUAGUUUUGCGCGCUGAGAAUAUGGCUUGUCGAUCCGUGGAAGGGUAAGUUGAAAACGCGGGUGAGGGAGAGCAGAUUGACGGUCGUGAUGAUUGCUUCAAGACGAGGGAGAGAGUAUUGCAGGAGGAGAUGACACUUGCCAAUCUAUAUUCUUCUUGCCCUGAGAGUUAAGUAAUCGGCAGUCGAAUGCCCAAGAAAGAUGGCAGAGGUAGGUGUGAUGUACCUGAAAGUUUUUUGAAACUACUCGCCGGUCUUGAUGGCUGGGAUUUACCUGGGAAUGACAGCUGGCGAUCUGGCAAAGGAGAAUGAAGUAAUGUUUUGAAUGGAUCCUCGGUAUCGUGUUUACAACAGUAGAUGUGAUUGGUCAACGAUCGAGGGACUGCCUUCGCUAUCCCUUCGCUAGUCGUUGAAAUAGUGGCGCCUUCUUUCUACUAUCGAUUUUUUCCUGCCGACGGUUCUUGGAGAGGGGUAGCGUUAUGCGAUUUUGCUCAAGCGUUGCACGGCUUCGGUCACCCUUUCACAUUCCGAAAGGGCGGAUCAGAUUCAGAAGGGUAUGCUGGUGAUGGAAAUGCUCUGGUUCGUGCAGACGAGUGUCUCUUAUUUGCCGGGGAGGGGGUUUUGCUAGUGCGCCCUUGGGAUGGGGUGCGUGAAUAAUUCUUUCAGGUUGGUUGGUUCGGCUUGUUUUUCACUAUUUUUCGUCUUCUGAAAGGAACCCCAUUCGCAAGACCUCCUCUAUCUCAGCGGUGGUCAUCGAACAGCCAGAUUGAGGUCUUGACUGUCAGGCUGCUCCAUCAAUUGGUUGGUGGGGGGAGCAAUACCUGCUGGAAACCGGGUACAGCGUCCCUGAGCAACAUCGUCGUCGUACGGGUCCAGCUUCCCUGAGCAACAUCGUCGUCGUACGAUUUAUAUUCGGAACCAUCGGUUGGUACGGCUGGUAAUUGUGCCGAUUGUGGAUACCUAUUUUUUGGAGCUAAUAAAAGUUUCUCACCUAA